GGUGUUCAAAUGUGGCGGGCGGCAGUGUAAAGCCAUGAAGGGAGUCAUGGUGAUCUUGAGAGAAGGGAUCUGCCCUGGAAUAAACGAGGAAUUCAUUAAGGCUUUACAGUCAGAGGAUAUCAAAACAGUUGAGGACUUUGUCUCAUGUAACCUGGAAGAACUUGCACAAAAAUGUUCAUUGUCUUACAAGGCUCUGGUAGCUGUUCGACGUGUGCUUUUGGCUCAAUACACAGCUUUUCCUGUCUCUGGAGGUGAUCUCUAUGAGGAACUCUUGAGCUCCACAGCAAUUUUGUCCACCGGCAAUCCCAGUUUGGAUAAGCUGUUGGAUUCUGGGCUGUACACAGGGGAAAUAACUGAGUUGACAGGAAGUCCAGGGAGCGGAAAAACACAGGUGUGUUUUAGUGUUGCAGUUAAUAUAUCCCACCAGCUGAAGAAGACUGUUUUAUAUAUUGACACAAAGGGUGGUAUGUGUGCAAACAGACUGCUUCAGAUGCUACAAACCAAGACCCCUAAUAUGGAGGAGCAGAUGGAGGCACUUCAAAAAAUCAAGGUGUUCAGAGUAUUUGAUGUCUUCUCUUUGCUCGCAUGUCUUCAGCAUCUGAGAUCGAAUGGUCUUCAGAAGGCGUCUGUUGGAGGUGGUUCAGUCAAAGCAUUGAUUGUGGAUUCAGUCUCUGCCGUGCUCUCAUCCUUGCUCGGAGGAAAACAGAAUGAGGGUAUGUCUUUGUUGAUGCAAGUUUCUGGGGAGCUGAAGAUGAUCGCCAAAGACUUCAACAUUGCUGUCCUGGUGACAAACCAUGUGACAAGAGAUGGAAAUGGGCAUUUGAAAGCUGGACUAGGACAGUCAUGGAGCCACGUGCCACGCACACGCGUGCUCCUGCAGAGAGUGGAGGAAGCAGAGACUUCAUCCAUACGAACCGCAACUCUGACCAAAUCAUCACGACAGGCUUGUCAUCUGGUAGAGGAGUUUGAUCUUUGUCACUGGUCAGAAGAGAGGAGAACAUCCAUUUCAGGCAAGAGGAAACUAGAGGAAAGAAGUAAACCUUGACAAAUGGCUGUCCUUUUGUUGAUUUCAACCGGACUGUAUAGGAGGUAUAUUUAGAGUCAGUGUAAAUAUGUAUAUUAUUUGUACAAACUGUUUUUGUUGUGGUCUUUGACAAGUGAUAAGAUUUUCUUCUUUGAAUGAAUGUUUUGUAUAUUUCUUGUUUAAUGAAGUCAAAAGACUUUGCACUUUUUUCCCCUUAACUUUUGCAUAAUAUUGCCACUUUUUUUUUUUAAUUUCAUA